UGAAUCAGUGGCGCGGUGCCUUGAAUCCUGCAGCGCAUAACAGCUCACCCCCCCUCCCCCUGCUGAGCGCUCCUCAAUUGGAACACCACAGCUUUGCGCGGGCGUCAAGUACAAAGUACAACCUACUGCGAAGCUCCUCAUCUCUACAGACCCCCACCGUGUGUCGCCCAGCUUCUCCCACCAUCGCCAUGUCGUCAACCGCCGUUCCUUAUACCGUUACGUUCCACCGCCCAGGAACUGAGCCUCCCGUGUUCCUGGCGGGUAACUUUGAGUCUCUGGAAUGGCGUCUGCAGGAGAUGGACUACUCUCGCAAGGACGGAGGCGAAUACUUCUUCGAGUCGCGCGUGUUUGGCGAGCCUGGGAGGGAGUAUCAGUUCAAGUUCAGGGCUGGCAGAGAGGGACCCUGGCUUGUGGACGAGAAUAGAGCCGUCGCCACGGACGAAAUGGGCAACCGCAACAACGUUCUGAAAAUGCCCAAGAGCUACGUGCCCAAGCUCAAAGGGGAAGGGGAACGACGGACCUCAACCCCCAUCGAGCAAGUGGCCUCGGUUGCAGCCGAAGUGGCAGAUACAGCUGCAAAACUCGAUGAGCAAGACGACUCGACCCCUCCAAUCAGCAGGUCCGGUGGAGAGAGCGAAAUUGACGAAGAACUGAAAACCCCCUUGUUUGCUCACGAGUGUUUUGGCGCUUACAAUUUUGUGGACGAUGCCUUGGAUCACGAAGCUCUUGACGAUGAUAAACUGAGGCGGGAAUCAUCAAAGCCCAGGUUCGACGAGUACAACAUUGACGAAGUGGACAUCAACGAUCCCACCAUCGAGCAGUUUCCGUGCGACAAGACUGCCAUCUUCAGCACUCUGCGCAAGAUCCAAUCGAGUCUGGCAGAGGAUCAAGCCAUUGUUGAUGAUACACAACCGUCUCCUCGACUCGACGCAAGAAGAUCCAGCGUGGAUUCUGAUGAUAGCCUCCUGUCAGCAGGCUCUCUCAGCCCAGUCACGGCAAGAAGGCGCGAAAAUCGCAUGUCAACGGGUAGCGGUCGCAACAGGUCCCUUGUAUCACUGGGCUCCAUUGCCGAAGAGCCCAAAACACCGGGCCCAGAGGAGGGCUCCCAUCCAGUGGCCACGGGCGGCUACAUGAAGAACGGCGCCGGCUUUGGUCGUGCAAAGAGCCCCGCGAUUGAGCAAGGCGAGCACCUCAUGAUGAAAGGAGCUUAGGUUGUGGAAAAGCAUGGGCAUGUGAUUGAGCAAAUCGAGUCUAUAAAAUCGGAACGCGGGACAUGGAGGGCGAGACAUGAUGCCAGUCUCCAUACAUAGGAUGCAUUUUCUUAUUUGGCAAGCGGCCACUUUUCAGUGGCCUUGAUCAUUUUCUCAUCUAUAUUUUCUCAGAUCUCUAUAUAUUCUUCAUACUACUAUGCUUGU